AUGGCCACUGCAUCCCUCCUCCUCCUCACCCUCACCGUCCUCCUCUCCUCUCUCCAUCCCUCUACCAGCCAGGUGAUCGUCAGCUCCUCCUCCUCUCUUCCAGACCCUGUCAUCACUCCAUCCCUCAAACCCAGCCUGCCUUCCUCUCGUCCCAGAGGACAGAGUGAUGUGCCAGUCAGAGUAAACAACAGGGAUUGGCCCACAGAGAGAGCAGGUGGGGGGCAGGCGGGUUCUGACCUGGGGCAGGGUGGGGGGGAAAUGGGCACUCCCACAACAAAGACUAGAACUACAGACCAAAGUCAACCCCUUUCCCCCUCUCAGAAACUCAACAGUGGAUCGACCCAAAGCCAGUCUACUUCUGUUGAGGCUUGGACAGGUACUAUGGUAACCGCAGAGCCAAGUGGAGUUUCAUCUGCAAAGAUACCAACGGCGCUCCCACCCACCAAAUCCUCAGGUGCUGAGCCAUUGACAUCAGGGGGCAGGACUUCUGAUGGACCAAUCAUACCGGAGGAUUUGGAUGACUGGCCGGCAACUGGAUCAGGAAGUGAACUUGUCCCUACAGUGGUUGUGAAGGAGGAGUCACUGGUUGCCUUGACUACACCAGAUGAGAUGCCGCAAUUCCGGCCACAGGCUCAGACGGAGUUCAGCGGAGGUCCGUCUUCCAAGAUGGCAGAAGCUCAGACUACCCCGACGGUCAGCCUCACUGUACAACCCCGCCUCUCUGGGCUGACAACAUCCAAUAGGAUCCUCUCCACACAGUCAUCUGACAUUAGAGUGACAGCCGUACCUGUGGUGACACAGCCAACCUUCAUUGGAGGAGUAGUUACAGGUGAGUAACUAAAGGGUAACUAAUAUGUUGUUUAUGAGGAAUAUGUUUCAACCUAUGAGAACUGGUGGAGUACUAUGCCUUCAUCCAUAACUGGAGCUUGAAUACUAUGCUAUAACCCCUGAGUUCUUUAUCAUGUUGUUAUAACUCUUAAGUAGUAUUUGAGUGACAUUAGUGUUGUUGUCAGCAGAGAGUCUGCUCAUGUCUCUUGUCUCUUUCUUCAGGUAAUAUGACAGAUAACGCCACUACGCCAACAGACGGACCAAUAGCAGGACAGACCCCCACUGUGACAUCACCGUCACUCAGACCCAUCACCCCUGGCUCCAUCAAUGAACAGCCAAAAUCUGUAGCGCCUCAAGGAACCAUCCCCAGCUCAACCAAUCAACAGCCAAGUACCACAACACAAGGAGCGACCACCACAACUACAACCAAUAAGACAGCAACAAAAGCAGAACCCAGAAGUACUUCCUCAAGCACAACCAAUCAACCAAAAAAGGCAACUGAACCAGAAAGAACUACAACAAGUACCACCAAACAGUCGACCAAGACAGGUAGAGAGAGGAGACUUUUGGGUGUUGUAGUUUCCUGGGUGGAAAACAAUGUCCGCUUUGACUGAGCCUAAGUUAACUUUUCCUGUGAUGAUUUAGAGUGGAAUUAUUUAUGCAGCUGGAGUUUUUCCUGGAAGUCCCUGGAACAGGCUCAAAGGAGGGAAGAGGCAGAGACAGAGUGGGCGAGAGAGGGAGGGAUGGAAAGUGGAGGAGAAGGUGUGCAGGGUAGACUCAGGCAGGAAAUAUGUAGAGAAAGGGAGAGCUGGACAGAGAGAAGAGGACAGAAACAAUGUAGAGGAAAGAAGAAAAAUGAGAUGUAAUAGUGACGCUGAGAGUUUGAACGAUAAAAGGCGAUAAGGAGGACAGAGAAGAGUAAGGAAGUAGUGAGUGAAAGAGAAAGUGAGGCUGGAGGAGAGGUAGGGGCAGAGAAAGUACACAGGGUGAAUAAUGAAAACCAGAUGGAUGGAGAGAGUGAUGGAGAGAAGUGGAGGAGAGAAAAAGCAGACAGAGAAGGAAAAGCGUCACAUGGGGUAUAUGAGUCAGUCUCUUAGAUACCAUCGGGACAACAUUUGAGCCACGUUUAAACAACCCUCCAUUUGGUCUGUUAGCCCCAGGAGUGUACUGAAACUGAACGACUAUGCCUCUUUACAGAAAAUCCCCAAGUAUCCCUUUAACUAAUGGCUCAUAUCAAUAAUAACACAGAUGUGUGUACAGUGUGUACUUUUAAGUGUAUUUCUAUGUAUUUUGUGUGUAUUGGCAAGUGUGUUGCACAUCUGGGAUGUGUCUGAAUCCUGCUGCUCAGGGAGAGGAGAGUGUAGUUAGGAGAAGGAAGUUACACACAUGUGAGAGGGUGUGACCAUUUGCGUGUGUGCUAUUCCUGAGGAGGUGAGAGAGAGAGAGAGAAGAGAGAGAGAGAGAGAGAGAGAGAGAGAGAGAGAGAGAAUGAGAGAAGAGAGAGAGAGAGAGAGAGAGAGAGAAGACAUAGCUAUCGAGGAGUAGCUAUCAUAGAGAGCUCUCGAGCUAGAGAUAGAGAGUAGAGAGAUAGCUCUCAGCUCUCUAUCGAGAUAGAAGCUAGAUCUCAUAUCUCUCUUAGAUCGCGAUCUCAUCUCGCUCUCUCUCUCUCUCGCGCUACUAUCGCUCUCUCUCUCUCUUCUAUCUCUUCUCUCAUCGCCUUAGAGCUCUCGCUCUACCUCUCUAUCUAGAGAGAGAGAGAGAGGCUCGCUCGCUCCUGCUGGUUUGGUUUAUCGUAGAGAGAACUGGCUGAGGUGAGUCAGUCAAUGUGUCAGGUUUAUGGUCUGUUCUUCAGGGUGAGUUAGGAGCUCAAACUUUUACUUCAGAUGAUUCUGUUCCAUCACCAUUUCUUUACUUCUCCAAGAGUGUGUGUCUUUAGAGAGGGUUGGGGGAGACUGAGAGAAUGUACGGUUACAAAUUGUCUGGGAUUAACGUUUAGCCAAACCCAAUAUAUUUCCGGUUUGGACAGUAUAAAUUGUAGUAUGUUAUAGUAGUUCACCCUCUCAGUGUUAUCUUAGUGCUAAUGCUCUGGCUGUUGGAGCGCUAAGGUGGAGCGCUCUGGGAACAUUGCUCAUUUAAUUAUUUUGCCUUGAAAUGCAGAUAGUGUGUGUGUGUGUAAGAGAGAGAGCGUGAGAUUGAGAGAGAAGGGAGGGGGAACAGGCAUAUGUAGAUAACUGAUUUAUUCCACAUGUGACAGGUCUUUGAUGGUUUCAGUAUGUUUCAUGUGCUUCAUGCAGUUUUCCAUUCCCACAUAUUAAAGUACUAUAUGUUUUUUAUAUUAUGUAAAGAGAUGAUCUCAUCAAUUACAUCAUCUAGUAGUGAGCAGUAAGCACCAAUUGAAAUGCAUUAUAUAAAUGGCUGAAGAUUCAGCCCUCCUUACCAGCUUAAUGUCACUCUGAGUUUGUGUGGUGUGUGUAUGUCUUUACCUCAAGAUACCUCCAAUUAAGUGUGCGGUGUGUGUGCGUGCAUCUGACAUGCGAGUGUGUGUGAUGCGCGCACCACUUUGAUGCGUGUUAUCUAAUCUGUGCUCCAGACUCUACCUGUGGAGAGGAGAAGACACUCUGUAUCCAGGUUAAGUCGGUAGGCCCCAUGCUGGGCUCUGAUGGGAGGUGCCGACUGUCAACAAACACCUACUAUCUACCUUCCACACACAUACACUACAUGACCAAAAGUAUGUGGACACCUGCUCUUCGAACAUCUUAUUCCAAAAUCAUGGGCAUUAAUAUGGAGUUGGUCCUCCCUUUGCUGCUAUAACAGCCUCCACUCUUCUGAGAAGGCUUUCCACUAGGUGUUGGAACAUUGCUGCGGGGACUUGCUUCCAUUCAGCCAGAAGAGCAUUAGUGAGGUCGGGCACUGAUGUUGGGCGAUUAGGCCUGGCUCACAGUCGGCGUUCCAAUUCAUACCAAAGGUGUUCGAUGAGGUUGAGGUCAGGGCUCUGCGGUGGCUAAUCAAGUUCUUCCACACCGAUCUCAACAAACCAUUUUUGUGUGGAUCUCGCUUUGUGCACAGGGGGCAUUGUCAUGUGAAACAGGAAAGGGCCUUCCCCAAACUGUUGCCACAAAGUUGGAAGCACAGAAUCGUCUAGAAUGUCAAUGUACAGUAUGCUGUAGCAUUAAUAUUUCCCUUCACUAGAACUAAGAGGUCUAGCCUGAUCCAUGAAAAACAGCCCCAGACCAUUAUUCCUCCUCCACCAAACUUUACAGUUAGUACUAUGCAUUGGGGCAGGUAGCGUUCUCCUGGCAUCCGCCAAACCCAGAUUCAUCCAUCAGACUGCCAGAUGGUGAAGCGUGAUUCAUCACUUCAGAGAACGCGUUUCCACUGCUCCAGAGUCCAAUGGCGGCGAGCAUUACACCACUCCAGCCGACGCUUGGCAUUGCGCAUGGUGAUCUUAGGCUUGUGUGCGGCUGCUCGGCCAUGCAGCUCCUGACCAACAGUUAUUGUGCUGACCUUGCUUCCAGAGGCAGUUUGGAACUCGAUAGUGAGUGUUGCAACCCAGGACAGACGAUUUUUAAGUGCUACGUGCUUCAGCACUCGUUCUGGGAGCUUGUGUGGCCUACUACUUCGCGGCUGAGCCGUUGUUGCUCCUAGACGUUUCCACUUCACAAUAACAGCACUUACAGUUGACCGGGGCAGCUCUAGCAGGGCACAAAUUUGACGAACUGACUUGUUGAAAUGGUGGCAUCCUAUGACGGUGCCACCUUGAAAGUCACUGAGCUCUUCAGUAAGGCUAUUCUACUGCCAAUGUUUGUCUAUGGAGAUUGCGUGGCGGUGUGCUCGAUUUUAUACACCUGUCAGCAACGGGUGUGGCUGAAAUAACUAAAUCCACUAAUUUGAAGGAGUGUCCACAUACUUUUGUAUAUAUAGUGUAUAUCGACAUACUGUCUACCUGCCACACACACACUAUCAGGGAGAAGAUGAGGGGGAGAGGGGGUGAUAACUAGAGAGAGAGACAUACUUUACUAUUUGGAGUGUAGGUGAGGCCUGUGUGGGGUUGAGAGUGGUGAACUGUUUCACAAUUGCCCCAUGUGAUUUUUGCCCUCAUUGGAGAAAAAAAGCUGUUGAGUUGUCCUUUGGCCUGGUACGAGAAUAGAAGGUCAAAAUAUUCAACUCCCGUUGGGUUAUUUGCUGCCUUGUGGAAGAAAACCUGCUGCGCUCUCAAUACUCUUCUCAUAGGAAAUUUGCCCCCUCUAGUGGGGUAGAUUUUCCACUGUAUGUGUCCACUUGUGAUAGCUAGGUUCUGCUCUGUUAAAGAAAAUGUUUUUUAGUAUUAUUGUCAAUCAUUCCAGUCAGAUGUUUUGGGAAAGUUCAAUAUGAUUAAUUAACAUCAUUUCUCUCUCUGCCUUCAGGGACGACCCCUCUCCUCAUCACCCCUACUCUACAGAUUUUCCAAGGGCGGUAUGUCCCCAAAAAUGACAGCCGCCCAGCACAGAGGAACCACUCCAUCCCCAUGGGCCGCCCUCACCUCCCCCCAUCCUCCACUCCCGCCACUCCCUCCCCCCCUCCCAGCUCCUUCCCCUCCCCCAACGGAACCUCUCUGCUGUGGGAUGACCUGAGCAGGACGCUGGCCUUCGCCUGGGAGCUCCAUGUCUACGGCUCGGCUGGCCUCUUCCUGCUCCUCCUGGCUGGAGCCGCCCUGGGCCUGGCCCUAUCCCCCAGCAUGCACUGCCCUCACCGCGGUGCCCUGACCCUGGCCAACGCCCUCCUCCUCAUUGUGGGCGCAGCGAGGGCAGCACUGUUCAUGAUUGACCCCUACGGAACAAGGAAGAUUCUUCCCCGGCCUACAGUGACUGCUCUCUAUAACCUCGCUCUGCCAUUACUGGUGUGGGCGCAGGCUGCCCUGGCUCUGCUGGCCAUGAAGGGGACAGGAGUGAGUCUGUUGCCCUCUGCUCUGGAGCGCCCUCCUCUGGUAGCUGUUUUGGCUGUGUUACAGUGCACCCUGCUUCUGGCUGCUGACCUGCUCUCCCCAGCCCUGUCCCCAGCCGUGCCUGUCACCCUGCAGUCCCUGUCUCUCUGCUGGGGCCUGGCUCUCUGUCUGGGCUACCUGUGCUACGUCUUCCCCCGCCUCCGCCACCCCACUGCCCAGCCACCUGUCCCAGAGGAGGGGAGGGCAGUUAAAGCCUGGCCGGGGGGUAGGAGGACAGGGUUGGUGCUGGGUCGUGUGCUGGCAGUGUGUGCCCUCCUGGGGGUGCUGUGCUGUGGGCUCCAUGUCCACGCCACCCUGUGGCUGUACGGGUUGUUGGGGGACUGGAGGCGCUUCUGCUGGGGCUGGUGGCUGGUGCACUUCUGGGCCCGGCUGUUGGAGCUGGCCUGGGCCUUUUCUCUUCUCCUAUUGGGAUCCUGGGUGUUCUGGAGGCCCCGGGGGGCCCGAGGCAGAGGAGAUGGGGUAGCAGGGGAGGGCAGGCUGGGAGGAGAUCUCCCCUCCCCUGGACAGUCCUCUGGGUCGACACACAAACACACCUGCUGGGCCAAGAUAGUCCAGAGCCUGACAGGGAAGCCCUGUGGGAAGUCAGAGAGUAACGGAGUGGGAGGAUCAGUAGGAGGAGGAGGAGGGGCGGGGGAGCUGCCUAAUAACUGGGCGGGGCAGGAACGCUCAGGGGCAGACAUCAGCAAGAGCCUAAUCAGAAACCAGAACCGUGAGGCUCCACCCUCACAGCCACGCUGUGUCAAGGACAGCAACCGUGGCCGCAACCAGAGGGGCAUGUCUGCAGAAAGGGGUAUGUCUGACGGGUCCACAGGGUCACUGCUGCGGCUGCAGCCGUUAGGCCAGCCCCUACAGCACUCGCUGAGCGGCAGCGUGGAGCAGGAGAAAGAGUCAGGGGUGUCUCUGUAUGAUUUUGACCUGCGACCCCCCUCCCCCAUCGACCUGGGCCGCAGCAUCGAUGAGGCCCUGCACCGUGAGCACCUCCUCCAUGGGGGCAGUUUGUUCCAGCCCCUGUGCGCCCCCUCACCCACUCCUUCCCCGGGUUCAGCUGUCAGCCAGGGGGGGCCCUGGCUCCGCAGGAACAGCGACCCCCAGAUCUCUGACAGCAGCGAGGACCGCUCAGCCCGUACAGAGUCCUCCGUGCCACUGGGGGGCAGUGUGCUCAGCAGUGUUCCCAGCAGGCAGGUCACUGCUCCUCCCACGCCCUCUCACCAGGGGCAUCGCUGGGCCGGGGAUGGGGGGGGCAGUGUCCCCUCCUCAGUGUCCUGUCCCGUUUCCCUUCGGCCCUCCAGAACCUCCACGGUACAUCUCCUGCGGGACGAGGGGGGAGACGACACGAGGCCGUUCCUCACCCCAGACUCUGAGACACAGAGUGGGAGGGCAGGCAGGGAGGGAGCAGGAGGGAAGAGCUACCUGGAGGUCAGCAGGCAGGAUGACUCAGCCAGCGUCAGCAGUGAGAUUAUUGACCUCUGA